AUAAUUGGAAACUUUCAGUCCGACUUGAGCAUCUGUGGAAUUGAGACGUGUUUUAUGCAAUAAUAAAGUGAAAGUGGAAAUAUACAAAUAUAAGUAAUUGAUUGUAGUUUAAAAAAAAGGUGAUAAAAGCCGAACUUGACGUGCAAACAAAAAAUAAUAAUAAUAAGAAUAAAUAUAGAAAAUAAAAGAAAUUGGUUUAGCUUCUGCAACACAGAGUUGUUACAAGUGUUUUCGCCAUAAGWUUUAUAUUGUAGAAAAAGCGAGAGGAGAACGCCUGACCGGUUCAACGGGUCACUUAUAUCAUCACACAGCCAAGCAAGGGAGGCAAACAAAUCAAAAUACUCCGUUGGUGAAGUCACAAUGUCGCGUUUCAGUUUACAAAUUCUAACAUUGCUCGUGUGCUGUCUGGCGGGCGUCGUCGUCUWUGCACAACAACCCUGCCAAAUUAGACCUGACGACAGCAAUGUGCCRCGCACCGUACGUUCCGAUCUGUAUCGCGGCCAACAGAACUUCACUUUGUCUAUGCUGCAAGCCAUCAAUAAGGCCACACCCAAUGAGAAUGUCUUCUUUUCACCGUACAGCACAUAUCAUGCACUACUUUUGGCCUAUUUCGGCUCACGCGGCCAAACCCAGGCSGAACUGACGAAGGCGCUAUCGCUGGAGUGGGCAGAGAAUAAGAAUCACGUGCUUAGGGGUUACACUUUGGAGCGUAGCAGUCGUUUGUCCCGUUCGAAGAACACGCCACUGCAAUUUUCCGCCGCCGAUCGCAUAUUUUUCGAUAAAGAUGAAGUUCUAACAAAAUGUGUGGAGGAGGUAUUCCACCAGGAGUUGGCUCCGCUCGAUUUCCAAACUAAGUCAGAGGAGUGUCGCGUUGAAAUCAAUAAUUGGAUUAGUAAUGUAACAAGGAAUGAAAUAUCCGACAUGUUGAAGAUGGGAGAGGUCGACGCACAAACAAAAUUAGUGCUGGCAAAUGYCGCCUACUUCAAGGGACAGUGGUCGAACAAAUUCGAUCCUAAAGAUACCAAGAAAGACAUCUUCUAUACGUCAGAGAGUAAACAAUCAUUUGUCGAUAUGAUGCACAAACGUGGCACCUACAAUUUAGCUUUGGACGAAAACUUGGGCGCCUACGUGCUGGAAAUGCCCUAUGUCACUUCCAAUGACAAUGAGAAAGAAUCGGAUAUCUCAAUGGUCAUUAUUUUGCCACCMUUCCACAAUUUGGAUGGUGUUUUGGCUAAAUUGACACCGGACACAUUGGACGAUGCGCUGAAAGAGGGUAUGGCUCGCGAGGUUGAUGUSUCACUGCCGAAAUUCGCUUUUGAACAAAACUURGAAUUGGUACCGGUACUGCGCGACAUUGGCAUUAAUUCGCUCUUCGCAGAGGACUGUGAUCUUAGCGAAUUUUUCGCCAACAAUUUGCGUAUCGGCGAUGCCAAGCAUGUGGCUAAGAUAAAUGUUGACGAGGAAGGUAGCACUGCCUCGGCGGCUACGGUGCUCUUCAGCUUCCGCUCGGCACGUCCGCUUGAGCCAACCAAAUUCGAAUGCAAUCAUCCAUUCCUCUUUCUCAUUUACGAUUACACUGCCAAGGCGAUAUUAUUUACCGGCAUCUAUCGCGAUCCSAUGACACACAAGUGAAGAAAUGUGCACGAAUUUCGAUGUACGAAA